UCCCCAAUUUAUAAAAUAAUUUUACAAAUAAUGUAAUACAUUAUUUUCUCUCCGUGUAAGUUUUAUGACAAAGGAUUUUAAAUUUAUUAAAUGUAUUGAAUUCAAUUAUAAAAUAAACAUAGAAUUCUAAAACCUAUGUUUGCAUUCUUUUACAAUCAAUCUAGAUGCUUUUUUUAUUUCAUUGACAUGAACUGAUAGUUAAAUUAAAAAAAAUUUUUUUAAGCACCAAAUAAUUAUAUAGUGCCCACCCCGGCCCUCUGAAGGUUAUAAUACACAUUCUUUAUAAUUUAAUUCAAAUUUAGAAAAGAAAAUUUCAUGAGGGAAUUUUAAUUCUUCAAUAAUGUAAAUUCUGAUUGAAAUAUAACUGCGUAAUAAAAAUAAAGUAAUAAAAUACACAUAUUUUAUUCAAAAGAGUAAAGAUUAUUUAUUGCUAUAUUUACUGUUAGCCAAUUGUUUAAACAUACACUAUGUUUAUAUGUUAAAAAACUGAUGUAAAAAGACUUAAAAUUAAAUUGUAUUAUCAAGUUUCGAAAAUAAAAUACAUACAAAAAUCUAUCGUAUAAUAGUUUCACAAUAUUUGUUGGUUAAGUAGAUAAUUCAUGGGCAUAAUUAAGUAUAUGAACGUUAUAUAAAUAUAUGUUAACAGAAAAUUAAGUCACUUGAAAAUAAGAUCGUCUUUAACAUUAAUAUGAAGUUCAUACUCUUUGUUGCAUUUGCUGCAAUUUUUACUUGCGAACCCAGCAAUGCCAGUGAUAAAAUCAAGGUGUUGAAUGUCACUACCACAACAUGCAGUAUUUAUUGGAGGAAACCUAAAUUUUAUGUCAGAACUUUAUUGUACCUUAUAAGUGCGAAUGACAGAGAUUCCAACUAUACUUUUUAUCCAUUUUAUGAUUCGCAUCCCGAAUUUCAAUAUACGCUGCAGACGCUUGAACCUGCUACUACAUAUAACAUUUCAGUAACUGUUGACUAUUUAAAUGGCACCAGGUCAGAUAAUCUAUUGACAACUGAAUGCCUCACCAAACCAAAAACAGGAAUCGUUUAUAAACCAGUACGUCAACUGGACGUGUUAGACGCUACGGACACAACAUGCAAAAUUUCUUGGAAAAACCCUGAGAUUGUUAACGAAUCUGUAAAAUACGUUAUAAGUGCACAUGACAAGGAAUUAAAUUUUACUACUUAUCGUCAUUUUUCUCCACUUAUGGAAGUAGAAUACACACUUGAGGGAUUAAAACCAGGCACUAAAUAUAACAUUUCAGUUUAUAUUGACUACCAGGAGAACGAGGUGAAAACUCAGUGCACAACUAAGCCGCAAUUAGGUCAUCUUACAACGUUGGAGUCCACAAAUACAACAUGCAGCAUUUUUUGGAAAAAACCGGUAAAUGAUGAUCAAAUGAUAAAAUACGUCAUAAAUGUUGUCGACAAUCGCCACAAUGUUCUAGAGCAGAGAAACUGGCGACGGGUCACUUCUAAUGUACAACUUUUGUUUCACUCCGAAAUACUUUUAACCUUACCUAAUCUACAACCUGGAUCAAAGUAUGAUAUUUCAGUCUAUAAUGAUUACACAAACACAACGAUGUCAACGAAAUGCAUCACUGAACCAGAGAUAGGACAAGUUACAGUAUUAGAUACCACGAAUACAACAUGUACUGUCUUUUGGAGAAAACCUACAAAUGAUUACGAAUCAUUAGAUUACAAUAUAAAUGUAGAUUACACUGACACUUCUUUUAUCACUUAUCGUUAUUCGACAUCAUUACCCGAAAUAAAAUAUACUAUGGAGCAGCUACAUCCUAGAACUACGUACAACAUUUCGGUAUAUUUUUUCUCUCUAAACACCACUUUUUCUACGGAAUGUACCACUGAUUUUUAAAAUGGGUUUUCUACAAUAGGUUCUAAGGACCCAGUUGUUGGGUGUCAUGAAUACUUUACAAUUAAUGAUGAUUCGUUAAGAAACACAAAAAUUUGAAUAUCUAACAAUUCGAAAUCUAAUUCUCUUAUAGUUGUAUGUAAAU